UUCACCUUAUUUGACAUAAUGACGUGGUGAACUGUGCGUGAAAAAAGAACAAUAAAUUACCGAUGCCGACACAAUAAAUAUAAUCUAAAUUAUUAGUCAGUUAAUAUUUACGAGCAACGGGACACUUGUUCAAACACUACAGCGCGAAUAAUAGCGGACAGAAGUAGGCGUUGCUAUUUGAAAUACACAGUCGACACGAAGCGAAACGAGCAUUUUCUAUGAGCAAGAGGAAGAAGGUCGAUCAGGCGGUGGAGAACGUCUGACCAAUCAACAAGGCAAUGAAAUAAUUUUAACGUUCAACGUGUGCUUCUUGCCCAUUUUGUGUUUGCUUCUGUUAUUUACAUCUAAAUCAAUAGCUGACGACGACAUUUCAAGAACAGCAACAGUCAUAGUCACAAAACAACAACAGCAGCAGAGCGCAGCAACAAGAACGAAAGAGAGAUAGAGAGAGAAACGACGAAAGAGCGGUUUAUUGGUUUGUGGGGUUAUUGGAGGGAUUGCAGAGGCGCUUAGUUUAGACACGCUGUACCAACAACAACAAUGAUGAACGAAGACAGCGGCACCGCGUCGACGUCGUCGUCGAGUGGCGGAGGUGGCGUUAAAAAGUUCUUUCUGCGUUUAUCACAGACAUACCAAUCUACACUUGAUCGCUCCACGCCGCAUACACGAAUGCGUUGGGUAUUUGCCGGCUUUCUGUUGUUUCUCUUCGUUUUGCGCAUCUUCAUCUAUCAGGGCUGGUACAUUGUCUGCUACGCUCUGGGCAUCUAUCACCUGAAUCUGUUUAUUGCAUUUCUUACGCCAAAAAUCGAUCCCGAAUUCGAUCCUUAUGCGGUGGACGACGAGGACGAGGGACCCAAUUUACCGACGCAUAGCAAUGAGGAGUUUCGUCCAUUCAUCCGUCGGCUGCCCGAAUUCAAGUUCUGGCUGUCAGUAGCGAAGAGCACAGCGAUUGGAUUAUUCUGCACGUUCUUUGACUUCUUCAAUGUGCCCGUAUUUUGGCCCAUACUGGUCAUGUACUUUAUCACACUGUUCUGCAUCACAAUGAAGCGACAGAUCAAACAUAUGAUCAAGUACAAGUAUUUGCCAUUCACACGCAAUAAGCCCCGCUAUCAGCGUGUCAAUCAACCUGCGGGCGCUUCCAGCAAUGUUGGCGGUGGCGCUGGUAAUUCAAAGUGACAAUUAGCCGCACAGACGCCGGACACACAAGCGACAACAACAGCAGCAGCAGCGCCGACGACGACGUCAGCAACGACUGCGACUGCAACUAUCGAUAACUCAGCAGCGGGAUCAUUGGCAGCAGCGGGGACGACAACAACAACUGUCGGCAACCCAAAACCACCGCAGAUUAUAGCAAUUGAGGAUUACUAACUAGCAAGUUAAAUCAGAGUAACUACAACAACACCAACAACAACAAACCCAAGCAAAUUCAUGUAAUCACAACAUCAUUUAUUUUGUUUUAGUUUUGAUAUUCAUUCAUUACAUUCGACAGCAUCGCAUACGGUUUUGUUUAUAUUUUGAUUUAACACUACGGACUAUUGAGUUUAUUGAGUUGUCGUGCGGCGUUUUGUGCAAAGCAUUGUUUUAUUGUUUAAUUAUAUAUUUAUUAUUUUAACAUGCA